GAGGCCCUUUCGGCGCCCAAGUAUGUGUGUGCAACUUCCUGCCGGUGAGGAAACACUCGGCUCAAAUCAGCUCUGCUUCUCCUUUCCCUGCUCUGGCCCCGCAGGAGGAGGUGGCGGCAAGCCGUGGGCCGCGCUGGCCCCAGCCAGACUUCCCAGCCGAACUCGGGAGGAGCGAUGCCCUGGACUGUCCUGCUCUUUGCAGCCGGCUCCUUGGCGAUUCCAGCGCCGUCCAUCCUGCUGAUGCCCCCGUACCCCAGCAGCCCAGAGGACCCCAUCCACAUCGCCUGCAUGGCCCCCAAGGGCUUUCCGGGAGCAAAUUUCACACUGUACUGUGGGGGACAGAUGGUCCAGCUCCUGCAGGCCCCCACAGACCAGCUCAGGGUCACCUUCAACCUGAGCAGUGGCAGGGAUGCUCCAGGGGGCACAUUCCGGUGCCAGUACAGGGUGCUGGGCGAGCACAGGCAGCCACAGCUGUCAGACCUCAGCGAGUCCGUGCAAGUCUCCUUCCUAGCGUCCACUUGGAUCCUGGCCCUCUGCUUGAGCCUGGCUGGGGCCCUCCUCCUCAUUGGGCUGGUGACUGUUGCUGUGGUGGUCAGGAAAGUUACAGUAAAAAGAUUGCAGAAGAAAAGAGAGCGAGAAUCCUGCUGGGCCCAGGUCGCCUUCACCAACACAGACAUGUCCUUUGAUAACUCCCUGUUUGCCAUCUCAAUGAAAAUGUCAGAAGAAAACGCAGCCACCCUGGAUGCUUGCUCCGGCUCUGCGGAGACACCUGGCCACGUGGGGCCCCGGAAGAGGCCCACCUCCACAUCAUCCUCGCCUGAGAUCCCCGAGUUCAGCACUUUCCGGGCCUGCCAGUGAGGCUGAGGGUCGGGCGGCCUCCUCUCUGUCUGCACCACCUCCAUUCAGCCCUCUCCCUUGAGCUGGCUGGGCCACGUGGGGCCUGAGGUCUCCCCAGCUACUUAGGGGGCUCUGGCUGCUGCUUUCUCAGGGAGUUGGAACAGAGGAAUGAAGGGGACCCCUGGCCUUGCUUGGGACCUUUGCCCCAGAAGAGCAGGAGAGGGAGAGGGGCCACAGGCAUUGGCCCGGAGCUGGAGGGAAGCAGGAAGCCUCUCUCUGGAUUCCCAGCUUCUCGGACCACCAGGGCAGAUGUUUAGCACCCCUUCUGGACCCCAGCUGGGCCAUAAGAGGUCUGAGCCCCCAGCAUACCUCUCAGUUUCCUCCACCGCCUGCCAUUCCUGACUUGGCCAAGCCGACUGGGUUUUGGAGCACAGGGUACCCAGAGGUAUGUUCUGUGUGUCUGCCCUGCUGACAUGCCUAAGUUAUUCAUUACAACACGUGUUGAGCUGUU